UGGAGAAGAGGGAGAUUAACCUGAGUGAGUGUGUGAGAGAGAGGAGUGUUUAAAGCCGGGCAGAGCAGAGCAGACACUCAUAGUUGGCCAGCGCUGAGGGGGAAUACUAUAUUGGAGCUCGAGAGGAUAGAGGACACCCUGAGGGACGUCCUGGUGCGCAUGGGACCUGGCGGUUCAACUGCAGCUCACAAGACUGACUCCUCCCCAAUCGCCAUUCAAAGUGCGUGUGUCUGGGACACUCAGACAGGAGGAGGGAGCAACCCCAGAGAGAGCAGAGAAGACCCAGUGAGAGCAGAGAAGACCCAGUGAGAGCAGAGAAGACCCAGUGAGAGCAGAGAAGACCCAGAGAGAGCAGAGAAGACCCAGUGAGGAACACAGGGACUGGAGGCAGUGGAGCAGAGAUGGAUGCAGGUCCUCUGACAGCCGAGGGAGAGGGCUCCUCUCCGGAGGGCGAGACGGUGUGCUCCGCGCUCGCCCGCUACGAGGCCACACUGAGGGAUGCCGUGCGUGAGAUCCACGUGGACGUAAGCGCCUUCAAGCAGGGCGUGGAGCGCCGUCUGGUGGAGGCGACGGCCCACGCCAGCGAGGGCCCCCUAGGCCUGGCUGUGGCCCAGCUGCAGCAGGAGAACCGGCAGCUCCGGAGCCAGCUGGAGGCCCUUAAACAUCAGGUGGAGCUCCUCACUGGGAUAGUGUGCGACAGAGGCGCCCUGAUGACCAACAACAACCAGAACCAGCCAGUGUCCUUCCAGGCACAGACACACAGCAGCAGCCAGGAGAGGGUGAGCCCCCAGUCCCCCUCCACAUCCCCCACCUGCCCUGCUGGUGGCCCCAGUAUGGGAGCCCUGACCGGGUCAGCCUUGGGCUUGGCCUCCAGCCCCACUGCCACCCGCUUCUCCAGCCGAGCUACCUUCGCUGUGUCCAGCAAGACUAACAGUAUUGAACGUGAGGAGCCAAUAGAGGUGGAUCCAGCCCCUGUAUCCCCUGCACUGGAGAAUGGACAGUCUACUACCCCAGAAAACUCGACUGUGUCACAUGGAAAAAGCUCGCCAGCCAAUAACAACGUCCCGUAUGAAAGCACGGCCCCUGUUGCCAUGCGGAUGCCCCACCUACCCAUCACCGCCACAACCAAAACGGCUGACCCCUCAGUUAUGAAGAGCGAAUCUCCCACCAGUCCCGUACGUUCUCUGCCCUCGCCUGUAUCAGAGCCUACUGACAACAACCAGCCUCAAACCAUCCCAGAAUCCCCCAUUCAACCAGUGUCUUCUAUGAAGACAUGGACCCCCAGUCUCAGCCGAGGUUUGGGCUCUCCUCGCCUGUCAGAAAAGUCCUUGUCCGCUCCCCCGAAGUCAGUGACUUACUCUGGCCUCAUCCAACACAACACAGACGGGGUGGAAGAUGUGGGCGGGGUCCUGCCCUUUGGGAGGGGAGUUGAGCGGAGGCGGGAGCUGGUGAGGUCACAGACGUUGCCGCGCAACAUUGGCGCUCAGGCCCGCUGGUCCAUCUUUGAAAAGCUUGAUUCUGAAGCCAGCAGUAGGCCCAAGCCCAUGGACUCCAAGCCCAAGCUGAAGCGUUCUCAGAGCUUUGGUGUGUCCAGUGCCAGCAGCAUCAAGCAGAUUCUUCUGGAGUGGUGCCGCUCCAAAACUAUAGGAUACCAGAACAUAGACAUCCAGAACUUCUCGUCCAGUUGGAGUGACGGCAUGGCCUUCUGUGCCCUGGUCCAUUCCUUCUUCCCCACUGAGUUUGACUACAACGUGCUGACGCCUGCCGACCGCAAACACAACUUUGAGCUGGCCUUCGGGACAGCAGAGGAGAAGGCGGGCUGUGACCGGCUCAUCGAGGUGGACGAUAUGAUGGUGAUGGGGCGCAAGCCGGACCCCAUGUGUGUCUUUACCUACGUCCAGUCCAUGUACAACCACCUGCGCAAGUUUGAGUGAUGAACGAUGACCUGGCAGCUACUCGACAACAUCACUGCCCCACCACCACUACCACCACUCUCUUACCUUCAGCGACAGCAGCAAUGCACACUGAGAGACGACACUUCCCCCUGCUGUAACGGACAGAGUAUUACAUGUAUUUCUCCAGUUUGAGAGAUGUUUCACUCUGCCAUGUUGAGUGCUCACAGCUAUUCACAAGUACAAAAGGCUGUGUUAUCUCUGUUUAUCGUUUGAGUGGCUGGGUGAUUAUUCGCUGAAGGUUCUGUGUUAUGUUUCAGAGAGAGGGGAAGGAUCUUUUCCCCCCUUUUUUUUGGUGUCCGACCCAUGUUUAAGGCUUAUAUUGGCACAGUUGCUGUUUGAGAGAAUGGGACAGGUUGCGGAAUCAACUCUUCGGUGGGGAGAUAACCUAGUCCCGUUGAAGGAGCUGCAAGAGGACUUGAACAGUGGGCCUAUAAUACUGGACCAAGGACAAAGGACUGAGGAUCCAGAGGAUUGACCCUGUGGAUCAGUCUACAUCUGAUGUUAUCAUCAUCAUUUGGUUCCUUCUAGAGUUGUAUUUGUUCAGGCCUCAUUUACUUUAUUGUCCCACCGUGGUUUCUCAGACCUGAAUGUGUCUACAAAAGGCCUUGCAUUGCAGCACAAUAGAGAAGCUAUACCGAAGUGUGCCUUUACAUCAGCCGAACAGAGGAACCAAAGUACACUCACUAUAAAGUUGAAGGGUAUGCCAUUUAACAAGCUAGAACUGCAAAGAUUAACUGCACAUAUGUACCCACUAGAUGCAAAUGUAAAACGGCCUAUGUUCAUAGUGUUAUUGCUAUGGUUGUGAUUUUUAUUUUAUUUUCAUAGACAAAAAAAAAGGACAAAGAAAUCCUGAAUAAAAUGUUACUUGUUUCACACACACCUUAGUUUUUUUUUAUGUCAUCAUUUUAUAGUCGGGCUGUCAGUUAAUGUAUUAACUUGAGUUAACUUUUUGUAAUUUUAGUGCACCAAAAAAAUGUAUUGUGAUUAUUCGUCUGAAAACAUCCAAAAUACAUCAUCUAUACAGGUUAAAGAAAGUGUGCUUUAUCAAUUUACCAGAUUUUGAAUACCAUUACUUUGGAGAAAAUCAAGACCUUAAAAUUGUCAGCUGAUGUGAAUUCAACUUGAACUCAACAAAACAUUUCACCAUUCGUUGGAUUUAGGUUCAAAGUUAGGUGGAAUGCCCUUACAUUGAUGACUUUUUGCAAAUCCAGUCAGUUUUGCACAAUAUCAUCACAGAUGUUUUGGGUUUGAAAUGACUUGGUAACAACGUUGGUUCAACCACUUUUUGCCCAGUAGGUUGUAAUGCUUUUUGUAUGAAUACAAA